UUGGCAACCAUCAGCUCAAGAAGACGCACAGACUUCUGACUUUCACCAGCACCACACCUUGUGUCCAUUAUUGUGAGAUCCUAAGCAGUGGAUAUCGCUUUGCCUCCAUCAAAGGCCGAGAGUGCUCCUGUGUUGUCUCAAACAAGUCUUCCCAAGAAUAGGCCCAGUUUUGUUUCCGUACUGAUCCAUCAAGCAAUUGAGGUCCCCCCAACUCCAUCUAGAAGAUGACUGACAUGGAGCUCUUCAUCUCCACCUCCUCGCCCUCUCCUUGGGCAGCCCUCCCCACGUCUGUCCCAGAGCCCCGACUUGCUUCCGCCCACCGCCCAGAACUCUGUUACCCAACGACGGAUGCAAACCACGUCAACAUCAUCCUGUACCAUUACAAUUUCACAGGGAGGAUGAAGAAUCGCCGUCCCCAGGAGGACCAGAUGAGCGUCCUGAAGAUGGUCAUUGUCGCUGCCAGCUGCCUCAUCAUCCUGGAGAACCUGGUGGUGCUGGUGGCCAUCAUCCGCAAAGUGCGCACCCGCCGGUGGGUCUACUCUUGCCUGGCCAGCAUCACCCUCAGCGACCUCUUAGCCGGCACAGCCUACUUGCUCAACCUCUGCUUGUCAGGGAGCCGGACCUUCCAGCUGUCGCCCGCCAUGUGGUUCCUCCGCGAAGGGGUCCUCUUUGUUGCCCUGGCAGCCUCCACCUUCAGCCUGCUGGUGACAGCCGUGGAGCGCUACAGCACCAUGGUGAAGCCCAUCGCCGAGAAGGAGUCCAGCAAGACCACCCGCCUGAGGGGCCUCCUCGCCUUCUGCUGGAGCCUGGCCAUCCUCAUUGGCCUCCUCCCCUUGCUGGGCUGGAACUGCAUCUGCAACGUCUCCCGUUGCUCCACGCUCCUGCCCCUCUACGACAAGAACUACAUCCUCUUCGUUGUGAUCAUGUUCAGCAUCAUCCUAGUGGGCGUCGUGGGCCUCUACGCCUCCAUCUACUGCUGGGUCCAGAAAAGCGCCCAGCAGACCUUUUCUCGGUGCAGCCGGAAGAGGUCUCUGCGGCUGCUGAAGACGGUACUGGUGAUCCUCUGCACCUUCCUCAUCUGCUGGACCCCUCUCUUCAUCCUCCUCCUGAUAGAUACCUUUUGGGGGAACACAGCCUGGGCUCCCCAUAAAGUCUUUGGCUGGGUCUUGACCUUGGCCGUGACCAACUCACUCAUCAAUCCCAUCAUCUACUCCUUGGGGAGCAAGGAGGUGAGGAGGGCUGUCGUGGAGCUUCUCUGCUGCUGCUGCAUCUGGGCUGGGGUGCGCGGCCCCCGAAAUUGCCUCGUUGCCAGCGAUAUCCAUGCCAGCUCUUCCACAGGCUCCUUGAGAGUGCGUGGCAGCUUCCGUAGCCCAGUAGCCUUCAGCAGGAGAACCAGAGAACCUCUCUCCAGCAAUUCAAGUGUGCUGAGCAAUGAAACUUCAGGGCUGCACCACACCCUGGACUAGAAUCGUGACUCUCCUCCAGCACCACACCCUGGGCUAGAAUCUCCACUCUUCCAGACAUG